AUGGUGGCUCCGGCCUCGACCGUACCCAACACCAUGGCUGGUCAUUCUUCCAUGGGCCAUCAGCCCACCCGCUCGUCCAGCAUCCACCCGUCGCAUUCCCAUAAUGUGCCCUUGAGCGCCCGUCGAUCAGCGCCCUUAGACCUGUCGACCGUCGAGCGCCGCGGCCAACCCAAUGCUCCCCGCGAGCCGUCCAAGCGCAUCCGCCCUCAUGGCUUGCCCGAGGCCCCAACUUUUCGUCCAACAGAAGAGGAAUUCAAGGAUCCCGUGGCGUACAUGCGGAAGAUUGCGCCGGAAGGCAAGAAAUAUGGAAUUUGUAGAGUGAUUCCUCCGGAGAACUGGCAGCCUUCUUUCGCGAUUGAUACCGAGCGAUUCCACUUCAAAACCCGUCGACAGGAACUCAACUCGGUCGAAGGAGGUAUGGCCCCACGUUCAGCCAAUGUUGCUGCCGGUGGAGUCACUCCGCAGCGCGGUUCUAACCUGGACUCUAAUUCAGGAAACCGCGCCAACAUGAACUAUAUCGACGGGCUUGCCAUGUUUCACAAGCAGCACGGGACGAACUACAGUCGAUUACCGAGUGUUGACAAACGCCCCUUGGACCUCUACAAGCUCAAAAAGGCGGUAGAGGUCCGAGGCGGGUUUGAAUCAGUCUGUAAAACCAAGAAAUGGGCCGAAAUUGGUCGCGAUCUCGGCUACAGCGGAAAGAUCAUGUCCUCUCUGUCCACAUCGCUCAAGAACUCCUACCAGCGCUACUUGCAGCCGUACGAAGAAUAUCUUGCCCGCGCCAAGCCUGGUGUUCAGCAGCAGCUCGAGCUGGAACACGGUGGCCCUUACACCCCGUCUCCACGUCAGUCGCCCAUGACCAAGAAAUCAGGAUUCGAAGAGAACGGAACCCCGUCAAGGACCCGCGAUGAUACCCCUACCAUGCGCAUGGUACCUGCCAUGAGUACCCCCAUGGAAAAGCCCAUUGAUAAGCCCACCCCGUCCGUGGAGCCCACCCCCCCCCCUUCGCCUGACCCCCUCCGGCUUUACUCCUUUAACAACGGUCCGUCCAUCAAGCAUGAAGGCGAGAACGGCACAUCAACACCCAGAAGCGUUUCCGAACAUCCCUCUCACUUUACGCCCGUGCCAAACGGCCAAGCCGGACAACCUGUGAAGCGUGCCAUUAGUCCUGAAGAGAGUGGUUCGCAGGCGGAAAAUGGGGAUGAUGGGGGAAGUGGCCGACGCAGCAAGCGCCUCAAGAAAGAUAUGCCUCCAACCGUGGCAGGUUCACACAUGUCCCUCCUCCGCCCAGCACUACCCAAGGCCCGCAAUGGUGUGCAACGAACCGGAGAUAAAUGCCAGUCUUGUGGAAAGUCGGACGAUCACUCAGCGAUUCUGGUUUGCGACAGCUGUGAGCUCGGCUAUCACACCGUUUGCCUUGACCCUUCUACCACAUCGCCCUCCGACCAUGACUGGCAUUGCCCGAAAUGCCUGGUUGGUACCGGGGAGUUCGGUUUUGAGGAUGGCGGUGUCUACUCGCUAAAGCAGUUCCAAGAGAAGGCCAAUGAGUUCAAGAAGCGGUACUUCGCCUCAAAGAUGCCAUUUGAUCCGGUCCUCAACACCCACCGACGGGAGACUGAGGACGACGUUGAGGCUGAAUUCUGGAAGUUGGUGGUGGAUCUACACGAGACGGUUGAAGUCGAAUACGGCGCGGACAUUCACUCAACUACCCAUGGCAGUGGCUUCCCAACCAUUGAGCGCAACCCCCUCAGUCCAUAUUCGUCUGAUCCAUGGAACUUGAAUGUCCUUCCAUUCUACGGCGAUUCGCUCUUCCGCCACAUCAAGUCUGAUAUUUCUGGCAUGACUGUGCCUUGGGUCUAUGUUGGAAUGUGCUUCUCAACUUUCUGCUGGCACAAUGAAGAUCAUUAUGCGUAUUCGGCGAAUUAUCAACACUUCGGUGCUACCAAGACCUGGUAUGGAAUUCCUGGCGCUGACGCCGAGGCCUUCGAGAACGCCAUGCGGGAGGCAGUCCCGGAGUUGUUCGAGGGUCAGCCCGAUCUUCUCUUCCAACUUGUGACAUUGAUGCCCCCUGACAAGCUGCGCAAGGCUGGUGUCCACGUCUAUGCAGUCGACCAGAGAGCUGGUCAGUUUGUUCUCACCUUCCCUCAGGCAUACCACGCCGGGUUCAAUCACGGAUUCAAUUUCAACGAGGCUGUGAACUUUGCACCUGCUGACUGGGAGCCUUGGGGCGCCAUGGGAGUUGAACGUCUUCAAACCUUCCGCCGACACCCUUGCUUCUCUCAUGAUGAACUGCUUUUCACCGCGGCAGCGCGAGAUAAUUCAAUCACAACCGCGAAAUGGCUAGCCCCCGCGCUUGAGCGAACCUGCAAUAGGGAACUGGCUGAUCGAGCAUCGUUCCUAGCUCGCCACAGAGACAUAGCACCUCAUAACUGCGGUCUCAAUGCCAAACCCCCAACAGGUGAUUGUCAGCUUAAGUUUGUAGUGGAGGAGGAAGACGUUCCGGAGGAGGAUUACCAAUGUCAGCACUGCAAGGCCUACACUUACCUCACUCAGUUCCGUUGCCACAAGUCAGGCAAGACACUCUGUCUACUACAUGCAGAGAUCUACGACUGUUGUGGUGAAUCCCCUUCGCAGAAGCUACUCGGGUCUGGCCAUACCCUGCGCUACCGCAUGAGUGACGACGAACUUAAGUCGGCAGUGCAAAAGGUCCAGGACCGAGCCAGAAUCCCGGAAAUUUGGGGAGAGAAGCUCGACAAGGCCUUGGAGGACGAGCCCAAGCCCCAGCUUAAGGCUCUCCACAAUUUGCUCAGUGAAGGUGAGAAGAUCCCAUACCACCUGCCUGGCCUCCAAGAUCUUGCGGCGUUCGUCCAGCGUUGCGAUAAAUGGGUUGAGGAAGCAAACAACUACAUCACCCGGAAGCAGCAGAACCGGAGAAAAAACGAGAAGGCAUGGCGCAAACCCGGCUCCAAGGCGGCGCAGCUGGACGAUCGCGACCGAGAAGUCCGCAAAGUGGAGAACAUCUACGCCCUUCUGGCAGAGGCUGAUAAACUUUCCUUCGACUGUCCACAGAUGGCGGCCCUGGAAGAGAAAACCCGCGAAAUCGAGAAAUUCCGCCAGGACCUUAACGUUGCCCUGAUGAACCCGCAUGCACAAUCGACCCAGGAUAUUGAGGAGCUCGUUGAGACUGGCCGAAACUUCAAUGUCGAAAUCCCGGAGGUGGAACAUCUAGAGAAAAUUCAUCAACAAAUGAAGUGGACCGAAGAGGCUUCCCGCAGACGGGAGCAAUAUCUCACCCUCAAAGACUGCCAGGGGCUGGUUUCCUCCGGAGAGCAACUUGGCCUUGGCGACAGUAACGAGCACUUGCUUCAUUUCAAGGAACUUAGCCGCCAUGGCGAGGCCUGGGAAGCUAAGGCUAAGGAACUGAUGGGUGUCGAGGCCGUUCACUACCAACAAUUGGAGGCCCUCUCCGCGCAGGCAUCUCGUUUCCCAGUAUCCCCCGACACCCUUGCUGCUGUGGACGCUAUCUUGACCAAGCAACGGGAGGCACAGAAGCGGAUCCAGACUCUGUAUGAGAAGAGCAAAGACCCUGAAUUAGGGAACCGCCCAAAGUACAAGGACGUCCGUGAGCUCACUGAGUCUCUGGAGCAGCUCAACAGUCGCCCGAUUGGUGCGAUUGACCUGGAGCGUGAGCAGAAACGUCACGAGGAUUGGAUGAGGAAGGGCAAGAAACUUUUUGGCAAGGCCAAUGCUCCUCUGCAUAUCUUGAAGUCUCAUAUGGAGUACGUGGAGAAGCGAAACUCCUACUGCUUCGAUCUAGAGGAUAGCUAUCGACCCCCUGUUGAACCGUCGUCACGGGAUAACACCCCGGAUGGGUUGCUGGAGAACCCUGCUCCCAACAUGUGGGGACCGAAGUCGCGGAAGCGUGAUGUCUUUUGCAUUUGCCGUCAUUCAGAAGCUGGAAUGAUGAUUGAAUGCGAGGUCUGUCACGAAUGGUACCACGGCAAAUGCUUGAAGAUUGCCCGCGGUAAAGUGAAGGAGUUUGACAAGUAUACUUGCCCCAUCUGCGACUGGCGACAGAAAAUUCCUCGCGAUGCCGCUCGUCCUAAGCUGGAAGACCUGCUGGAUUGGCAGGCAGAGAUGGCAAGUCUGCCGUUCCAGCCUGACGAGGAAGAUGUCUUGGAAAGUAUUAUCAACCAAGCCACUGCAUUCCGUGAUUUCCUGCAUGGAUUUACCAAUGCUGCUUGCACAACCACGGAGGAAGUGCCAACCUUGAUCUUCUAUCUGCGAAAGAUUGAAGGUGCCGAGGUGCUUCUGGCUUACGAGACGAACUUCUUCCGACAGGAGAUUCACAAAUGGGCGCCUGUUGCACCGGAGCCACCACCUAUUCUCGAGCAGUCUCUGUCAACGCGCAAGCCACGGCCGACCAAGCAGCAGAAAAUAAUGGCCCAGCUCGGCGUUGAGCGUCCCGAGGAUCUCCCAGAGCACCUCCGCCUAAAGCACAUAAGCACGGGUAAGCGGAAGUCGGUCGAUGCCCAGGCGACCCGGACCACAUCUCUGCAGCCAGCGCCGUCACCUUCCAGCAACGCACCCCCAGCAACGGGGCCAGCAUUGACUCCGAUGGCGGAUUCCAAUGCGGCGUCGUAUCCUUUCUCUGCCAACUACUCUCUGCCUGCAAGCGUCUCCACUCCCGCCUUUGCGCCGACCUCCUCUUCCGCAUUCUUGCCUGCUGCUGCUGCCUCUGAUUCUCCCUCGUUCCUCCCCCGAUCACCCACGCCUCCCCCGAGCCUGGAACCUUCUCUCUUUAGCCCUCCUCGCUACGGUCGUGACUCUCAGUUCGCGAGCAGCAGCCCUCGCCAAAACUUGGAUGACGUCUUUGCGGAUCUCACGAACCAAGAAGAUGUCGAGCCCGAAUCCGAGCCCAUAGAGAACCUUCACGCCAUUGAGGCUCUUGAAGUCCUCAAUGCCAGCAAUGGCAGCAGCCGGGCGCCAUCCCCAAAUGAUGAUACGGCUCAAAGCGGCGAAGUACAGGCGACCAGCGCCCCCGCUGCGGAGACGACCGAGCACCCCGACUCGGAGCUUUAA